CGCAAAGGUUGUCCUCAUCGCUUGCCUGGCAUCCGUCGCCGCUGCCCGCCCAGACACGCCCCGUGACGGCUACAGCUACGAGGCCCCUGCGCCGAAGUACUCUGCUCCUCAUGCAAAGUACGAGAAAGGAAUGCCGUUUGACUUUGCGUACGGAGUAGUAGACCACUACAGCGGCAACGACUACUCCCACAACUCCAACUCUGACGGCAACGUCGUCAAGGGCGAAUACCGCGUCGUUCUUCCCGACGGCCGCACUCAGAUCGUCUCCUACACGGCCGAUCACGAGACUGGCUAUGUGGCCGAGGUCAGCUACGAGGGCGAGGCUCAGUACCCCGAAACCAAGCCCUACCAGCCAGCCUCUGCCUACUCCGCCCCUGCUCCUGCAUACAAAGCCCCUGCUCCCGCUUACUCCGCCCCCGCCCCUGCAUACGAGGCCCCUGCUCCUGCAUACAAAGCCCCAGACCAGACUUAUGGCACUCCUGCCCCUGUUUACGAAACCCCGGCACCUCUCUAUGGAGUGCCAUCUCACUAAUUAGGGAUAAUCAUCUCUAUCAUCGUAUAUUUAUUCAAUGAACUUAAUCAGUAUUGAAGCAUAA